AUGAAUAGAAAGUUCUUCCAACUAAGAUAGAUGACUAGGAAUCUUGAUGAGUCUUUUAAAGAAGAUUUAGAACUUUAUGGAAAAUUAUUGUAAAAAAAAUAUCAGCCUAAUCCUUAAAGAUUGAAUAAUGAUAAACAAAUGCUAUAAGAAUGGGACUAAUUCAAACAGUUUAGAUUAUCGAAUAUAAUAGACUCUACUCUUGAUUCAGAUAUAUUUAAGAUCUGCAUUUGCGAUUUUUUAAAAAAAAAAAGAGUCAGCAUGGAAUUUUGGAUUAAAGUUGCAUAUGAUAUAUUUCAUGAUGAAACAAAAGGAAAAUAAGUGAGAAUGAAAUUUUGGAGAUCAAUGAGAAAGAAAUCAAGUAGCUUAGAAUUAGACUUGAAAAAUAAAAAAUGGCCUGUUGCAUGGAAAUAUUUGGAGAGAGAACCAUGUCUAAAUCUUGAAUUACUCAAAUUGUAUGAACAAUACAUGCCCAUACGUCCCUUUUUUGCUUAAACCCUAAACACUAUGACUAACAUUACUUGCGAUUUAAGGAGAAUGCCGAUGCUGAAAGAAGAAAAAUCUAUUGAAUUUGAUCUAUCAAAGACUACUUGGUUUCCUAAAAUAGAUAUGUGCGGUCCAGCAAUUUUAGAGUAAUUGUCUAGUUCAGAUAACUAUUUUUGUGACUCAUUGGUUAAAUUUACAACAGAAAUGAAGGCAAUAAUGUUUCCUAUUUUAGAUUUCUUUAGAUUAGAUAAGAAAAAAGGAAGAAUUAUUAAUUUAUUCGGUGAACAACACGAUUUUGUAUUAGAAGUACUGUAUUCCUUAAAAGCUUUCUGUGGAUAGGCUAUAAACUAUACUUAAGGAUCAUUGAAGAAGAAAAAGAAUUAUAAAUGUACAAACUCAUAUAAAAUAAAUGAAAUGCAAUGUACCAUUAUGUUAGCAACGUUAUCAGAAAAUGAUUUGAAUCAAGAUGUAAUUAAUGAUAUUCAAAAUAAUAUUUAAGGAGGCUAUUCGGCAUUUAUUCAGGAUAAUUAAAUGUACUAUCAUGGUGAAAAGAAUCAAAGGUUAGUUCUUAUAUUUAGCUAAAAGAAAUUAGAGUUUGGAAGACUUGAAAAAGGAAUUAAAUUCUAUUAAAUUCCUGACUAACAAAUUUCUACAAUAAAAAGUAAAUUCAAUUACGAGUUUCUAGUGUAUUAUGCAAACAUUUUGUUCAACAAAUGCAUGAUAGUGUAACAGAAUUGCAGCUCAAGAAAACCUUUUUAUCAAGUAAUGAUCUGUAUGUGGACAUAUGUUUUGGCAGUCUAUCUUUCAGGAGAAAUACCAAAUUUAGAAGUAGCUAAUGUUUUUCAAGAUAAUAAUGAUAAGGCGGAUUCAUUUUUAGACAUUUAAAUUGAUUUAGGACUAAGUUCUCACGAAGAAGAUGAAGAGCCAGAAUUUGAAUAAUACUUAUUUCAAAAAGUUAACUUUGAUUUUGCUAAUCAAGUUGGAGGGCUCAGUUUGGACCCAAGUGAAGAAGAAGACUGUAUGAUUGUGGAUUAAAUAGAGAAGAAAAAGAAGAUUAUAUUAGUAUGA